AUGAGCGUCGUCAGCGGCUCCUACUGCCUGGGCAACUCCCCCAGCAGCAGCGGCUACACCACGCCGCGCUUCCGCCCGGUGCCGCCCAUCGACGCCUACCUCCCCACGCGGGUACUGGACUCCAAGCGGGCCCAGCGUCCGGCCCUGGACCGCGUCAACCUGCGCUGCUGGCACCUGCCCGGCUACCUGUUCAAGGAUUGGUACUCCACCCUCGUCAACUGCCGCUGGCACCGCUUCUACGCACUCUUCCUGCUCCUCUACUUUGGCAUGUUUGCGGCCUUUGCGGCGCUGUACGUCAGCCAGCCCCCCACCUGCAUCUCCAACUCACAAAACUUCUGGCACGCCCUCUGGUUCAGCGUGCACACCUCCAGCACCAUAGGAUAUGGCGCCCAGGCGCCCAACCCGGACUGCUACCUGCUCCAGCUGGGCAUCAUGGCGCAGGUGCUGGUCAGCCUGUUCAUGCAGGGCACGCUGCUGGGCCUGGUCUUUGCCCGCAUCUCCAACUCCGCAGGCCGCUCCGCCACGAUCCGGUUCAGCAAGGUGCUGUCGAUGUGGGUGGGGGAGGACGGCGUGUACCGCCUGACCUUCCGGGUCGCCAACAUGCGCAGGCACCAGGUGCUGAAGCCCGAGGUGCGCAUGCUGCUGCUGCGCCGCCAGCUGUCCCACCCCUUCAGCUCCGACGCCUCCUGGGAGUACCUCUACUCGGAGCUGCCGGCAGAGCACGUGGGCGGCGGCAGGCUGUGGCUGGGCGUGCCCUCGCUGAUCGAGCACCGCGUGGACUCCAAGUCGCCGCUAUCUGGCAUGAGCGAGGGAGACAUCAAGGGGUCGGACAUGGAGCUGAUUGUGCUGCUGGACGGCAUCGACGAGACCACCUCCCGCUGCCUGCAGGCGCGCUGGCCGCCUGCUGCUUGCCAUGCCCGCCACUCGUACGUCCCGUCAGACAUCCGCUGGCACCACCGCUUCGACUCCUGCCUUCAGCGCAGGCGCAGCGGCAAGCUGGGCGUGGACUUCAGCCGGUUUGACAGCACAGCGCCGCGCAGCGCCUCGUCCGCCAGCCUCCACGUUCUGCAUGCCAUGGCCAGCGCCCAAUCCAUCCAGUCUGUGCCCAGCGGGGGCGCCAGAGGCAGCUUUGGCGCGGCGGCGGCGGCGGCGGUGCAGCAGCACCUGCAGCAGCAGCAGUACCGUGCCGCCAGCAUGGGCACGGGCGCGGCGGCGCCGAGCAGCUUUGCAGGAGGGCUCGCCGGCCCGUACGCGGGUUCCCUUGGCAGCAUGCCAGCGCCAGCACCAGCAAGCACGCUCGGACCCACGGCGCACAGCACGGCGCCAGGGCCGGUUUUGGCAGCGCCGCGCGACGCCCGCACCGGCUGA